AUAUCCUUCUUAUACUUAUUUUCGUAUAAAAUAUGCUCCUUUUUAUAAUUAUAUACACCUUCCUAAAUCCUAUAGCGCGUUAGGAGGGUUGUCCUUCUCUUUUAUCUAGCUCUCGGUCGCGUGCUUCUUCCCUUGCAAAGAUGAAGGAUUCGCAGGCGAGAUUGGUGCAGGAACUGGUCUUGUACGCUGCUAGUGCGGCGUUGAGUAGCCUCGUCCUUUUUAUGGGGCUCCGCCAUCUCGACCCCAACCGCGACGCCUCCAAGAAAGCCCUCGCGCAGAAGAAGGAGAUCGCCAAGCGACUCGGCCGCCCCCUAAUUCAGACCAAUCAAUACGAGGAUAUUAUUGCCUGUGAUGUUAUUAACCCAGACCAUAUCGAAGUCGAGUUUGACUCAAUUGGUGGGCUCGAAAAUAUAAAGAAUGCAUUGUAUGAGCUGGUCAUUCUUCCAUUAAAGCGACCUGAAUUGUUUUCUAGUGGAAAGCUUCUCACCCCGCAAAAAGGUGUCUUACUGUAUGGACCUCCAGGUACUGGCAAGACAAUGCUAGCUAAGGCCCUUGCCAAAGAGUCUGGUGCAGUUUUCAUUAAUGUACGAAUGUCCAAUCUGAUGAGCAAAUGGUUUGGUGAUGCUCAAAAACUUGGUAAAUUAUUGUCAGUUGUAAAACUUAGUUAAUUUUUACUACCUUUC